AUGAUAAAAGGGACUGGUCAAUCCGAUCAAUUGGAUUCUGACAUUGAAAGUCGUCUCAGAGUGAAUCGUGAAAAACAAAGAGUUAUAAACACAAAAUAUCAUGAUUCCAAUCAACAAAUGGCUAGAAAAGAUAUUGAGCAGCUAGAACGCUUGGUUACUGAGGAAAACUUUCCCACGACACGACCAGGGCGGCCUCCGAUUUUACGGGUCGCGUGA